GAGAAGUUACAGGAGGUAUGAGGAAUACACCGCGGCUAAUGAUAGCAACGUACACAAACAGGGAAAUAAUUCAUUGUCGGUUUUCAUUAACACUCUGCGCUCCACGAAAACCAAAGGGAGGGGUUCAUUGCUGUCAAAUCCUCCAUCUCUCGCCAAAUCUCCACCGAGGUGAGCACCGAGAACGGAAAACUCACACUAAUCCCGUAAAGUGGGGAGCGGCCUGCUUUUGUAUCCGGCCUCCUGGUUCAGCUCAGGCGGCCAGCAGUGUCACCAGAGGCCGGUGCUUCCGGUUGAAUGUUUUUGUGUGCACCGACAAAACCAUCGCAGCCACGGGGGUGUUCUUAUUAGAAUAACAACAGCCCCUCUUUCACCCAUAUCCCCUCUCAUCGACGUGCAGCUGUUGGCGUUUCUUGCCCGAAAGGAGCGUUUCAACCCUGGGCGGCCUGUUUUGUUUUCGAGCCGCCAUGAAUCUCAGCGAACAAUAACACAACCAUAUCGAGCCCGCUGGGGCUGCACUGAAAUAGGAGCCACGGGAGCCCCGGCGUGGGAUAAUUAAAGCUUUGUUUGGUACCAGCUUUGAAACGACGUGAAAACCCGGGUUAAGCAUGCAUGUGAAUCAUGUAUUUUUCUCCGGGAACCCGCUGCAAACUGGACUGUUUUGUCACGAAAGCCCAUGUUUAAAAUUUGGAGCUGCUGCGAGUUAAUCGGGUGGAAGCACGGUUAAAAAGGCGAAGGGGAACGGUGCACACUAUGCUUUGUCUCAUCACAUCUCACGAGUGGUGUGGAAAUAAACCGAAUGGAUGUGGGUAAACAGAUAUUUCUAUGCAGGGCCGACCCUCUUGUGAUUGAAAUACCCUAUCCAAAGCCUGAGAGCUGUCAACCCGGGGCAUCACAUUGAGGAUGGAUUGGCUGUGACUGGGGAUGAGUAACCCGGAUUGCUCUACCCGCAGACUGAUACAUAUGUGGGAUUUACCGACGGGAAACUGAGGACGUUGCACCCAUCUAUGCUCGCUUCAGAGCCACCAGACUCCCUUGACGAAAACAGUCAUUUUACCCGCACUGAAUGCGGUAAUACCGCUGAGUCCGUCGACUAUUUUCUCUCUCACUGGGUGAAUUUGGAGCGUAAACGUGUUACGACAUCUUAACGGACAGGACCGAGUUGUAGCCCCGGGCCAGCCAGCUGAGAUGAACCCGGUGAAUGCGACCUCUCUGUAUGUGUCCGCGAGCCGUUCGGUGCUGCAGUGCGACCCCCGAGAUCCCCGGGCCCUGGCGGAGCUCUGCAAGCUACUGCCAUUUUUCCGACAGUCUCUGUCCUGCUUAGUCUGUGGUAACCUGCUGCAGGACCCCAUUGCUCCCACCAACUCCUCAUGUCAGCACUACGUGUGUCGCGGCUGUAAAGGUCAGAGGAUGCAGCUGAAGCCGUCCUGUAGUUGGUGUAAGGACUAUGCCCGCUUUGAGGAAAACAGGCAGCUCUCUUUGCUCGUGCACUGUUACAGGAAGCUCUGCCUCUACAUCACGCAGUCGCCGCUGGCGCCGCACAUAGCCAGCGCCGCCGGCGACUCGCCGGACCUCCAGGCCAUCCUCAACGAGGGCCUGACGUUGGCCGAGAGCGAGCCCCAGCCGGAGGAGGUCUCGGUCUCGGACUCGGCCGCGGCGCCACAGGGCGCCUCCACCUCUCAGGAGGUGCAGCCCGAUGAGGCUCCCGCCAGCAGGGGGGUUAAGAGCGAGGAGCGGAGCCCCGCGACCAUCAACGGACUUCAUGAUUGUAACGGCCUGGCGGGGUCAGACACGCUGCAGCCCGUCUCCGUGGAAACAGGCGGCGGGGUAGCAAAGCAGGAGAGCUUCUCGGAGGAGAUCCCGGUGUGUGUGAGCGUCACCGGCGAUGGGGGGGCGGGGCUCUGCGACAUGGGCACUUUUGGGGAGGACCUGAAACACGGCGGGGGUCCUCUGCUGCUGAGUGUGGAGGAGGUGCUCAGGACUCUGGAGACGGACGCUGACCCUGACAGCACAGCAGAGACCACCCCCCAGCCAGAGUUCCCCCCCUCUGUGCCUCAGCCGGGCCUCAACGGGCCGCACUGCCCGUCGGGCCCCGACUCGUCCCGCCUCGUCCCCUCCCUGCCGCCGGAGAACAGCCCCCGUCCCCUCAACCCCCCCCUUCAGCCCUCCAUCGUCGUCCCCCGCGUCCCGGUCCGCUGCCACCGCAAGCGCUCGCGCUCGGAGAGCGACAGCGAGAAGGUGCAGCCCCUCCCCAUUUCCAGCCUCCUACGAGGGCCCGCCACGGGUGCCAUCAGCUCCCCCCAGCACCCCAACACCGGCGCCACCACCAAACACGAGCCCAAGUUCCCCUCCGUCUCCCCGCACCCCCAUUUAGCACCCGUGCCUAACGGCGGCCCCCCGAAGGUGGCAAAGACUGUGCUGGUGCCCAACAAGGCGCUGAAGAAGCCCAUGGAGCACCACGGGGCCGCCAAGAAAGCCUACACCAAGGCCAGGCAAGGGGCCCCCAAGCCCCGCACGCAGCCCCGGGACAGAGCACCCCAGCACCCCCACCCCCACCCUCUGACUCACCCCCCCAGCCCCUCAAAGCCCCUGUACAAGAAGCCUGUGGAGAAGAAGGGCUGCAAGUGUGGCCGUGCUACUCAGAACCCCUCAGUGUUGACCUGUAGGGGGCAGCGCUGCCCCUGCUACUCCAACCGCAAGGUGAGAGCUCCGUCCAGCACACCCACAUCUGCAGCCGCCCCCGCCCACUUGGCCCCUUCACUGCCGGUGUCGGGAAAUGCGUGCCUGGACUGCAUCUGCCGCGGCUGCCAAAACUCCUACAUGGCCAACGGGGAGAAGAAGCUGGAGGCCUUCGCCGUGCCGGAGAAGGCCCUGGAGCAAACCCGACUCACGCUGGGCAUAAACCUCACCAGCAUCACGGCGGCCGCCCUCCGGAGCCCGGCCACCAGCUCCCCCGGCGGCACCCUCCUCAACGUCGCCACGGCGACGGGGGCCCCCGUCACGGCCACCUUCCUGUCGGGGGCCGGGCACGACAACCGGGGCUACGACGACUCGCUGGAGAUGCGCUUUGACUGGGGGCCCACCGGGUCGGGCCACGGACAUGCAGAGGAGGAGCCACAACAAGGCAGCUACAGUGACGGGCAGCAACGGGGGCCACGAGCCCGAAACUGCACCAUGGUUGUGGUCUCGCAUUCAGAGAAGAAGAAGAAGAAGAAGAAGAAGAAAGAGAUGUAG